CGCUGCCCGGCGGUUCGGCGGAGCGGCCAGGCCGGGCGUGCGGCGGGGCCAUGGCGAGCGCGGCGCGGGGGCCCGGCCGGCGGCGGCUCCUCUUCCUCCCGCUCCUUUGCGCGUUGCUGCUGCCGCUGGGCCCGGCCCGCGCUGCCCACAUCAAGAAAGCGGAGGCGGCGGCGGCUCCCGGCGAGGCGCUGCGGUACCUGCACUCGGCCGAGCUGGGCGAGGCGCUGCGGGCUCUGGCGGCCGCGGCCCCCCCGGGCCUGGCGCGGCUCUUCAGCAUCGGCCGGUCGGUGGAGGGGCGGCCGCUGUGGGUGCUGCGCCUGACGGCGGGGCUGGGACCGGAGCCGGAGCGGGAGGGCGAAGGGCCCGACAGCGGCGGGGAGGCCCUUCCCGGGCGGCCGCAGGUGAAGCUGGUGGGGAACAUGCACGGGGACGAGCCGCUGGCCCGGCCGCUGCUGCUCCGCCUGGCCCAGGAGCUGGUGCGGGGCUGGGCCGGCGGCGAGGAGCGCAUCGGCCGCCUGCUCAACACCACCGACAUCUACCUGCUGCCCAGCCUCAACCCCGACGGCUUCGAACGCGCCCGGGAGGGCGAUUGCGGCGGCGGGGCGGCGGGCGGCCGGGAGAACAGCCACGGCCGCGACCUCAACCGCAGCUUCCCCGACCAGUUCGGGGUCGCCGAGCCCGACCUGGAGCCCGUCCCCGAGGUGCAAGCCCUCAUCGCAUGGAUGCGCCGCAACAAGUUUCUGCUCUCUGGCAAUCUCCAUGGUGGCUCGGUGGUGGCAAGCUAUCCCUACGAUGACUCUCCCACGCAUAAGCCCACAGGAGUCUACAGUAAAUCAGCUGAUGACGAAGUGUUCAAAUAUUUAGCGAAAGCUUACGCGUCACAUCACCCCAUCAUGAGAACUGGCAAACCCAACUGCCCUGGCGAGGAGGGAGAGACCUUCCAAGAUGGUAUCACUAAUGGUGCCCAGUGGUAUGAUGUGGAAGGUGGGAUGCAGGAUUACAACUACGUGUGGGCCAACUGCUUUGAGAUCACAUUGGAGCUGUCCUGCUGCAAAUACCCACCGACGUCCCAGCUUCAGCAGGAGUGGGAGAACAACCGGGACUCCCUCCUCACCUUCAUUGAGAAGGUCCACAUUGGUGUGAAGGGCUUUGUCAGGGAUGCAAUCACUGGAGCUGGCCUGGAGAAUGCGACCAUUGUUGUUGCUGGUAUUGCUCAUAACAUCACAGCAGGCAAAUUUGGUGAUUACCACCGACUGCUUGUGCCUGGGACCUACAACGUGACUGCAGUUGUAAUGGGUUACACACCAGUGACCAGAGAGAACAUCGAGGUGAAGGAGGGAGCUGCAACAGAAGUGGAUUUCUCCUUGCAGCCGACUGUAAUGCCACCAGUUCUUAACGUCACGCAGCUCACAGCAACGCCUGCUCCUGUCUCUACCAUCACCCCCACCCCUGUGCAGGCAGAGGCCCCGAGCCCAACCUCUCUCCAUCAACCUAUCCAACCUGUGGACUUCCGCCACCAUCACUUCCCAGACAUGGAGAUCUUUCUGCGGCGCUACGCCAACGAGUACCCCAACAUAACCAGGCUCUACUCCGUGGGCAAGUCGGUGGAGCUGCGGGAGCUCUAUGUGAUGGAGAUCUCCGACAACCCUGGCGUCCAUGAAGCAGGUGAGCCAGAGUUCAAGUACAUCGGUAACAUGCAUGGGAAUGAAGUUGUGGGGCGAGAGCUUCUCCUGAACCUCAUCGAGUACCUCUGCAAGAACUUUGGCACAGAUCCUGAAGUGACUGACCUGGUCCGGAGCACACGGAUCCACAUCAUGCCGUCCAUGAACCCUGAUGGCUAUGAGAAGUCCCAGGAAGGAGACAGAGGAGGAACCGUUGGCAGAAACAACAGCAACAACUACGACCUGAACCGCAACUUCCCAGAUCAGUUCUUCCACGUGGCAGACCCUCCCCAGCCAGAAACUCUGGCUGUCAUGACCUGGUUACAGACGUACCCGUUUGUGCUCUCGGCAAACCUGCACGGAGGUUCUCUGGUGGUUAAUUACCCCUUUGAUGACGAUGAGCAAGGAAUAGCCAUAUACAGUAAAUCCCCAGACGAUGCUGUGUUUCAGCAGCUGGCGCUUUCCUACUCCAAGGAAAAUGCAAAGAUGUAUCAGGGAAGCCCUUGUAAGGAUAUGUACCCCACCGAGUACUUCCCGCACGGCAUCACUAAUGGGGCUCAGUGGUACAACGUUCCAGGUGGGAUGCAAGACUGGAAUUACUUGCAUACGAACUGCUUUGAAGUGACCAUUGAGUUGGGCUGUGUGAAAUAUCCAAAAGCUGAGGAGCUGCCAAAGUACUGGGAGCAGAACCGCCGCUCUCUCCUCCAGUUCAUGAAACAGGUUCACCGCGGUGUCUGGGGAUUUGUGCUGGAUGCCAUGGAUGGAAGGGGCAUUCUCAACGCCACCAUCAGCGUUGCUGACAUCAACCACCCGGUGACCACCUACAAGGAUGGAGACUACUGGCGCCUCCUGGUCCAGGGGACCUACAAAAUCACAGCAUCUGCCCGAGGGUAUGAUCCAGUCACUAAGAUGGUGGAAGUUGGCAGCAAAGGUGGAGUGCAGGUCAACUUCACUCUUUCACGGACAGACAUCAAAGUGGAGGAGGGGAAGGUGCCAGUCCUGAACACCCCAGACACCAGCGACCCCAACGAGAAGGAAUUUGAGACUCUGAUCAAAGAUCUCUCUGCUGAAAACGGCCUGGAGCGUCUCCUGCUUUCCUCCUCGGGGAAUGUCUCUCCGUAUCGAUACCGCCCUUACAAGGAUCUCUCUGAGUUCCUCCGAGGCCUCUACCUCAACUACCCGCACAUCACAAAUCUCACCAGUUUGGGUCAGAGCGUUGAGUUCCGUCAGAUCUGGUCCCUCGAAAUCUCCAACAAGCCCAACCAAUCUGAGCCUGAGGAGCCAAAGAUCCGCUUUGUUGCUGGUAUUCAUGGAAACGCUCCCGUUGGUACGGAGCUUCUCCUGGCACUGGCAGAAUUUCUUUGCAUGAACUACAAGAAGAACGCUGCUGUUACAAAGCUGAUUGACCGAACGCGGAUUGUGAUUGUGCCUUCCCUGAAUCCAGACGGACGUGAAAUAGCUCAGGAGAGAGGCUGCACGUCGAAGAUAGGCCAGACUAAUGCUCACGGCAGAGAUCUGGACACAGACUUCACAAGCAAUUACUCCCGGUACUCGGGGACACGAGAGCCUGAGACCAAAGCCAUCAUAGAGAACUUGAUAUUGAAGCAGGAUUUCAGCCUCUCUGUUGCUCUAGAUGGAGGAUCUCUGCUUGUCACUUACCCAUAUGACAAGCCAGCACAGACAGUGGAGAACAAAGAAACUCUGAAGCAUUUGGCAUCUCUGUAUGCGAACAACCAUCCGCUGAUGCAUUUGGGCCAGCCAGGCUGUCCAAAUAAGUCAGAUGAGAAUAUUCCUGGCGGUGUGAUCCGUGGCUCUGAAUGGCACAGUCACUUGGGAAGUAUGAAGGAUUUCAGCGUUACGUUUGGUCAUUGUCCUGAGAUCACUGUUUAUACUGGCUGCUGUUACUUCCCGAGCGCAGGACAACUCCCCAGGCUGUGGGCAGACCACAGGAAAUCUCUCCUCAGCAUGCUGGUGGAGGUUCAUAAGGGAGUCCAUGGGUUUGUCCAAGACAAGAGUGGCAAGGCAAUUUCUAAAGCUACCAUUGUUCUUAAUGAAGGCUUGAGGGUGUAUACUAAAGAAGGUGGCUAUUUCCACGUGUUGUUGGCUCCAGGUUUGCAUAACAUCAAUGCGAUAGCCGAUGGGUACCAGCAGAAACAUGUCAAGGUCUUUGUACGUCAUGAUGCACCCAGCUCUGUUUUCAUUGUAUUUGACACCGAAAACAGGAUAUUUGGUCUGCCAAGGGAGCUGGUUGUAACUGUUGCAGGUGCAAGUAUGUCUGCUCUGGUCCUCACUGCCUGUAUCAUCUGGUGUGUCUGCUCAAUUAAGUCCAACAGACACAAGGAUGGCUUCCACCGCCUCCGGCAGCACCACGACGAUUACGAGGACGAAAUCCGCAUGAUGUCCACCGGCUCAAAGAAGUCCCUCCUGAGCCAUGAAUUCCAGGAUGAAACAGACACUGAAGAAGAAACAUUGUACUCCAGCAAACACUGACACCUCCCAAGCAGGAAUGGAGGUUUCCGUGGACCAGACCCGGUGGCGGGGGGCAAUCCUUGUGGUUCAGUUUUGGAACAUUAGCUUGCAGGAUGUGUCCUCCAGAGGUGUGGGUGGCAGCUCCUAACUUCCCUCUGCUAUUUGCUCUGUUCCUACAUACGUGCAAAUCAGUGGGUGUUGGAGGCUGUGUUUGGGCUAAGGAUGUGGCUUGUUUCAUUUUUGGGUCAAGAUCUGGAGGUUCACAUGAGGUUGUUUGAAAGGCAACUUAACAGGGUGGCCAGCAGAGUUCCUAGCACUUCCCCAGCAUCUCAGCACAGUGAGCAGAUGGUGGGGAAGUGCCCCAAGACCUGCAUGGGGUCAUAGUUAAAACACUCCAAAGCAGUUUCUCUACCUGUUUUGAUUUCAUGUUUUCCACUCUGUACUUGAGGGAAGGCAGAUCCUUCACUUGACUCCACAUUCUGCAUAGCAGCCCUCAGAAAAAGACUGUAUUUGGUUCUCAGCUGCUCCCUUGGAGCUUUUCCUCACCAUGAGAUGCUGUGGCCUGCUGUAACCUGCAGUGGUUCUGGAGCACCUCUAAUGUGUUGCUAAUUCCAGGCAGUGACUUGGCAUCCUGAAGCCUGGGGGAGAUGACAUCCAUUCUUGAUGUGAGCUGGAGAAAGGAGCAAAUGGCAGAGCUUUAGUGAACUCUGAAAGAGUUCAGUUGCUUGCUAGCUCUGCAGUACUGCUGUCCUGACUUUUGGGGAAGAAGGAAACUUUAUCCCCCCAUCACCCUCAGUUGCUUCUUUUUUGUGUAGUAAACUUGGCCCUUGGGGUCUCGUGUUAGCGUUACAACAGCACGGUGUCUGGAAGAGCAACAGAAGGUUGUUCUCAGUAAAUGGAUACACCGAUUGUGGUGGAUACUGUAGAAAAGUAAUCAGUUACCAACUCCAUCUGAUCAGUUUUGCUCCAGCCCACCACUAUUCAGGAGGAAACAGUGAAGUCUGACCACGCUUUGUAUUUGAGCACUAUUGGAGCAGCGGGGAGAGGUCAUGCGAGUAUCCAUGGCCCAACUUCAGUCUAAAAUUUUGAAGAAAAGCUGCACCAUUUGCCAUUGUCCACCUAAUACCACUUAGUGAUCCGAGCACUUUGGAAACACCCUCUCAUCAAGCUCUGGUGAUGGUAGGCAUCAGAUUAGCCUGCUGACUUUGCUCUGUUACAGCGUCUCUGAGCUAUGCAGCAAGAGCUCCACCUGCUUGUGUGCCUGCAGUUGUGUCUGCUGCUGCGGGGGCCUGGGUGCAAGGCGUGAGGAAGGUGCUGAAUGGCUGUGCUGAAGAAGGGAAAAGCAGCCAAAUUCUGUUGUAGCACUUGGCAGGAAGCUGGAAAGAGAAGCUGCAAUGUGCAUCCCCAAGACACACUACAUUUGUGGGGAAUAGAAGGGAUGCCUGGAAGGGAAGAAUGACUGAAAUGUUUGAUUUCCAAAGCCUUUAUGCAUCCCUGGUGUUCCUGUGCUUUCUGGGCAGAAGGCUGGGGUUAGAAUAGGCACUUAUUUUCUUGCUGCUCAUUUUCUUUUUCAAUUUUUGCCCUACUGACCCAAGCUCCAGUGCACCAGGGCCUGGCGCAGCAACAUCUUAGGUGUGUAGUUUGCCCUGAGCUGAUCUGUUCUCCAGCAGCCCGGGGCUGUCCACUAGUGAAACCUGCCUGUGGUGUCCAUGGGGGGUGUUUGCACCCAAAUGUAUGACGGGGUCUGUUCUGCAGGGCUCUGACCUUGUCUCCUCUGGGGGAACAGCGCAGUGUGUUCCUCAUUGAAGGCUGUUGGGCCGUGUCACCUGGGAAAGGAGCUGUUCCUCACCAUUUUCUGCAGCAGAUGCCUUUCCAGAACCACACCCUGCUGUGCUCAUCAUCUCAGCUAACUCUGUGCAGCUAUCUGGAGGGACAAAGAUGACCCUUGGACACCAGUAUAACUUCUGACCUGUUCCAUGAAGAAUUAUAUUGCAAGAAACACAUGAUAAGAUCUGGUUGGGGAGGUGUGCUGGGAAUGGAGAGAUGAGGCUGAGCGUUCCCUGUGCUCCUGUCCCCCAUUGCUGUGGUGUGAAAUGGCUGCUCUUGUUCUGCAGGAGCCCUGAACAUCCCUGUGCUUGCCCCCAGCUCAUCAUGCUGAGCACCAGAUGGGGUUUAGUCCUGGGUUGUCACCCUUGUCCAUGUGUAAUGUGCACACCGGCACGCAAGGGCGUUAACCCCACCUAAUCUCCCAACUUUUCCUGCUUCUGAGGGCUUUAAUGAGACACAGCUGGGGUUUUGCAUUAAAGUUGAGUUUGCAAAUGGCUCUUAGGGCUCUUGUGUGGGCUUUGUGUGCUCUGGCAGCAGGUAACGGACUGGGCUGGCCUGGCUUUGUCCCACUAGCAAUAGGUCUCUGAGUGUGCGGUUUGCAAUUAGCACGGGGUGGGCACCUAUUUUUCAGGUGAGUGGAUUUGAGAUGUUUCGCAAACCUGUGAGACUUUACACAGCAGUUGCCCCUGGCUCAGUGCUCGGGGCCGCAGUGAGUUAAGGCUGGGGGUGCCUGGUGCCAGUUUCGGGGAGGCAGAGACGGCCUCCCCGCAGUCUGUCCGUCUGUCUGUCCGUCCAUCCGCAGGAGGGCCUGUGCUGCUUCAGGCGAGGAGCCAGUCCCCCCCCCUGCGGGCACCUGUCCCUGGAGCGUGUCGGUCCGUGCACUGUGCCUUCAAAUGUACAUUUUUAAAAAGGGACUUGAAUUGCCUUUUCCUGGAAGCGGGACGGGGCGGCGUGAGGCGAGGCCUGGCUCUGCCCUCAGCCGGGCCCUCUGUUUUUUUUACCUGUAUACUGAGAUCCAAUAAUCUGUAUAAAACUAUUUUGAUGUCCA